GGUCUGCUGGUAACUAUAGCAACAAGGCAAAACGCUAGACCGCUAGUUAGCAAGCCUCUGCACUUAUCCUUACCUCAUUUAUCCCCCAGUCAGUUCAUAAAACAAUAAAAUACCAUGCUGAAAAUGCAGUAACGGCGUGUAGAUGAAAAUAUGACUUAUGCCGACCGACAGUAUUCGAUGUGUGUGAAGUUUGUUUACGUCGAACUAGCCAACUUGCUAUCUUGUUCCCAUAUUUACCGCUGUGUUAUUGUGAUCCAUGAUGGGCAAAGAUGUUGAGGAAGUCUCCGCGUCUCUAGUACGGGAAUAUCUCAGUCGAAAGGGCCUGAAGAAAACCAUAGCUUGUAUGGACGAAGAGCUUCCACGAACUAAUUCAAGCAUUAAUAACAGAUCAGAUCUGCGCAGAAUACUUCACCUUGAGGGCCUUUACAAAAAGAAUAAGACUGAAGAACAUCCCUUGAAGUCAAUGUUGGAGAUGAUUGUGAAGAACAGAAUGAGUGAAGGUGGCAAAACCAAAGCACGCCGACAUGGUGACAAUCAAACCACAUCAAGUUCCUCCAUAGACACGACUGGGAAUGUUAAGAGAGAGGAAGAUUGUAUGGAAAAUAUGUUGUGUGACAGUCCAAGCAGGUUAUCUGAAAGCAGUGUGUCACAAGUUAUUGUGCCUUCCCAAACGCCUUCUGAAAAGCUUCACAAGAGCUUUGCUCUUCACCCUGAAAGUGAGAGAAGUAUGUACUGUUCGAAAGAAGGAUUUCCCUCUGAGAAAAAGGUCGUAGACACUGACAGCCAGAAGAACAGAAGUAGCAGGAUAAGACGGGGCAUUAUGUCAGGUCCCAUUGCCAGCUCCUCGCAGGAAAGUAACAGGAGGCGUCCAGCUCGAAAAGCAACGCCAUCUGUUAUAGCAACACUGGAGGACUGUAAAGAAGCAGCAUACUGGACAAAUGGUGUCAAUACUACAAAUACAAAGUCUAUCCCAUUAGCCCCUCUUGAGAGCAGCAUGUUUUCUAAUUUACAUACAGGAAUCAUAGACCGUAGUGGACAUGAGAGGACGUCAGAUGUCAAACAUCGCUUAAACAAUUCGGCACCCAGCCAAAAACUGGAUGAACUCCAUGUGUUGGAAAUGGUUUUGGAUGACAUAGAGAAUGAGGAGAGCCUGUGUGAUGUUUCUAGAACAACCAUGCCAGAACUUAGUUUGGACAAGACUCCCAUGGACCAGAUGACUGCCACUGCUCUGAAGGAGAUCAUCUUUGGUUCUUCUAUGGCUUGUUUCACUGAGGAGUGGAAACAACAGAAUUUUACCUUUUCAGAUACUCCCGGUUUGAAGUAUGGGAUUGUACAAAAGAAGGGAGGACCGUGUGGAGUCCUUGCAGCAGUUCAAGCUUGUGUUCUACAGAAGCUUCUGUUUGAAGAAUCGAGUAAUGACUCAUUGAAGGAGAGAUUGGAGGUAUCAAAUGUUUUAAGGACAAAAUGUCUGUCUCUGGCUUUGGCUGACAUGCUAUGGAGAGCGGGAAAUAUGAAGAGAGCCACAGUCGCAAUAACCUGCCCCCACAGAAACACAGGAAGAAGUCUGUUCACCCCGAUUGGACGCUACAAAUCAGAUGGUGUUCUAGAAAUGAUAAUGUACGUCACUGUGGAGACCUUAGAUGAUCUCACUUUAGUUCUUGAGCAGCAUGUUAGACAG